AUGAAGGCAGCGGUGAGUUUCAGGCUCUGUCACAGUUGUUUUCUCGAGAAUCCGUUUUGUGGAGUUUCACUGAAUUCAGUCCACGUGAAGAGAAUCAUGAUAAACGCCACCAUGGUUUCUUAUUUCACUCUGGCUGCUUAUGUGGACUCUGGACUGUUGAGAUACUUGUUCUUCACGAUGGUCCUGUCCUUGUACUUGUUGAUCCUCUGUGCCAACGUGCUGCUGAUUGUAGUUAUCUGUAUGAACAGAAGUCUCCAUGAACCUAUGUACGUGUUCCUGUGCAGCCUGUUUGUAAAUGAACUGUAUGGUAGCACAGGGUUGUUUCCUCUCCUCCUGCUCCAGAUCCUCUCAGACGUUCACACUGUUCCUCGUCCUCUUUGCUUCCUGCAGAUCUUCUGUGUGUAUUCUUACGCUUGUGUUGAAUUCUUUAAUUUAGCCGUGAUGUCUUAUGACCGAUACCUGGCCAUCUGUUGUCCUCUGAAGUACAACACACGUAUGACACCGAGAAAGAUCACAGUGCUCAUUACUCUCACAUGGUUAUUGGCCUCUGUUGUGUGUUUUGUCCCAUUAACAAUGACUGCCCCUUUACAGCUGUGUGGAAACAUCAUCAACAAGGUCUACUGUGAUAAUUAUUAUAUCGUCAAGCUGUCGUGUUCCGACACCACAGUCCACAGCAUCUACGGACUCGCUGCCACCUCUUUUGUUAUCGUAUCUCCUGUGUUGCUGAUAUUUUUCUCCUACGUGAGGAUUUUAAAGGUUUGUUUCUCUGGUUCCAAGCAGACGAGACAAAAAGCUGUCAGCACCUGCACCCCCCACCUCCUCUCUCUGCUCAACUUCUCCUUCGGGGCUUUCUUUGAAAUCAUACAGAGCAGAUUUAACAUGAGCAACGUCCCCAACCUGUUGAGAAUCAUUUUAUCUUUGUACUGGCUCACAUGUCAGCCGCUCUUCAACCCCUUAAUGUACGGACUCAACAUGUCGAGGAUCCGCAACAUCUGUAAAAAUCUCAUCAUUAGGAGCAGAAACCUCCGGAGUCAGAGUCGAUGCUCUGGAGACAAAGUGUCACUGUGGCUGUCCUCCGUGGCGGAGACCCUCUCCUCGACCUCUUCCAUGCGCUUUUCCAGUCUGAUUGCUGUGGUGGAUUUCUUCUUCAUCAUCACCUCGUACGUGGUCAUCUUCAGCUCUGUGAUGCGUUCAGGGACAUCAGGCGUUAAAGCUCUUCACACGUGUGUCACUCACAUCGUGGUCAUGGCCGUCAGCCUGACCAUCGUCCUCACCGCCUUCCUGUCGUAUCGCAUCAGGAACGGUCUCCCUGCGUCAGUUCACAUCUUCUUGAGCGUCAUGUACAUGUUGUUUCCGAACUGCUUCUACCCGAUCAUCUGCAGCGUCAGAACCUCGAAGAUACGACGUCACAUCGUCAACAUGCUAACACUCCGUCGCUGCGUCGCAGAUCUCAGCUAA